CCCGCCGAUUGGAGCGGGCGGCCGUCCGUCAGCGGGCGCAGGGCAGCACGUUGCGCUGCGCGGUGACGUCACCGACAGCGGCGGCCAUCUCGGCGGUCGGUUGGGAGCGCAGGCGGGCGGUCGGUCGCGUUUUAUUUUUUUAAUCGAAAAAUCGAUUUAUUUUUCUUUCUACGUUGUUUUUAAAACGUUUAAAUCGCUCGGAAAGGUACGCGGGGGUUACAUUAGAUAGAGCGGGUGCAUCCGAGCGCCCUUCGCCAUGUCAGAGAACCGCGAACUGGAGGCGCAGGCUGAGGAGACCGGCGAAGAGAAACAGGACACGCAAGAGAAAGGAGCAAUGAGCCCGGAAAAGGCCGAGGAAGUCAAGCUAAAAGCCAAGUACCCGGUUCUGGGAUUAAGACCAGGAGGCUCUGAGUUCCUGAUGAAGCGGCUGCAGAAAGGGAAGUACUUCGACUCCGGGGAUUACAACAUGGCCAAAGCAAAGAUGAAGAACAAACAGCCCCCGAGCAGUGGGGCGGACAAGAACCUGGUCACGGGAGACCACAUCCCAACGCCGGAGGACCUGCCGCAGAGGAAGUCCUCGCUGGUCACCAGCAAACUGGCAGGCUGAGACUACCGAGCCACCGCGCGGGUUCUGACUGGGGCGGACCUUAACCGACACAUCUGACGGAGGGGGGGGUGGUGGGGGU